UAUUCUUCUGAAAGUGUUGUAGACUGAAAAAUUUCAAUAGAUGCAGGUCAUAGAGUUUUAAACGAUUGUUGUUCAUAAAAUGCUGGAAAGGGGUAUCAGAUGAUACGAAAUGAAUUGAAUACAUCGAAACGAUUUGUGCGCAUUGCCUACAUCGCUUUUACAAGAGCACCAAUCUCACUGAAAAAUGAAAAUGCAUCCGUUUUACUCAUUUUGACAGUUGUUCAGAAUUUUGCGUGACUUGUUAUUGGAUUGUUGAUGUUGUGAGUGUGACAGAACUGACGCCGGUUGUUUAUUUACACUCGAGAGUGUUUUAUAUUGUAUCUUUUGGAAUUAUUGUUCACCUAAUGACUGAAACAUGGAUAUUUAUUUCUAAUUGAUGAGUUUUGAAAUCUCAUAUUGAUUAUAGGGUCUGUCUGACUUCCAGGCCUUCAGCAUGGUGGAUAUUCGCAGCAAUCCCAUGGACACCUCCCUUCCCAUCACAGAGAGUGGAAUCGUCAUCAAUGACUAUGAACCACACUAUGAAAUUCACAAGAAGCGAACUAAAAGUGUGAAUCGUUCCAAGAAAAUACAGUGCAGAGUUAGGAUGCUGGAUGGAACAGAUUUUGAGAGCGACCUCGAUAGAACUUCCAGAGGUUUGGAGUUAGCUUUACUAAUUGCAGACCAUUUGAAUUUAUUAGAAAAAGACUAUUUUGGAAUAACAUUUCGGGAUCCGGAUGGAAGUAGGAAUUGGUUGAAUUAUGAAAAAAGAAUUUCAAAGCAAGUCAGAGGAGGUCCUUGGGAAUUUAGCUUUGAAGUUAAAUUUUAUCCACCAGAUCCUUCUCAAUUGCAAGAAGACAUAACUAGGUACCUAUUGUGUUUGCAACUUCGGAAUGAUAUUCUGUCUGGAAAACUUCCAUGUUCAUUUAUAACUUACGCACUCCUAGGAUCCUAUCUCGUGCAAUCAGAGCUCGGAGACUACGACCCUGAAGAACACGCAGACAACUACCUGUCCGAUUUUCGCUUUGCCCCCAAUCAAACUCCAGAGCUCGAGGAAAAAGUUGCUGUUCUCCAUCGACAGCACAGGGGACAAACUCCAGCUGAGUCAGAAUUACAUUAUUUAGAAAAUGCCAAAAAACUAGCCAUGUACGGAGUGGAUCUUCACGAUGCUAAAGAUUCUGAAGGUGUAGAAAUUAUGUUAGGUGUCUGUGCUUCGGGAUUACUUGUGUUCAGGGAUCGGCUGAGAAUCAAUCGAUUCGCUUGGCCUAAGAUACUGAAAAUUUCAUACAAACGUAACAAUUUCUACAUCAAAAUUCGUCCUGGUGAGUUUGAGCAGUUUGAAAGUACUAUUGGUUUUAAACUUCCCAGUCAUCGUGCUUCAAAAAGACUUUGGAAAGUUUGUGUUGAACAUCACACUUUCUUCAGGUUGAUGAUGCCAGAACCACCUCCUAAACCUAACCUGUUCUUACCUCGCUUUGGGUCCAAAUUCAGAUAUUCUGGUCGUACACAGUAUCAAACACGUAUGGCUAGUGCACUCAUUGAUCGACCACCUCCUCAUUUUGAGCGCACCAUGAGCAAUAAGAGAUUUACCUCUAGAAGUAUGGAUGGAGGAAUGUCAGCUUUGGGUUACAGAAAUCGAACUAUGUCUGAGUCCAGGACUGAGAACAAACGACACACUUUGGCCCACCCCAUUCGAAGUCCAGUCGGAGACUCCUUCAGGAAAGAGAGGCCGAUUCUUCCUCCUGCAGAUUUCAUACAAGCAUACGAGUCGACGCCAGAAUUUAUGCAAUCCUAUGAUAAGCGACCACAUGGUGGAAUACCAGUUUUGCCUAACCUGGAUCAUUUUCGAUCCAAUCAGCAAUCUCCAGAACCUNUCCAUAGCAUCUUCCGAAGCUUUGUAUUUAUUUGCAUGUUCUUCUCUGAAAUCACCCUUUUGCCUGAAUUUUGCAUGUUUGUUGUUGCCUGUGUGUGUUUUGUACCUCUGUUGCACGUGGAACAUUUAUGGGGAAAAAAACACAAGAUAUCACCUAAGAUAGAACCUUAUCAAAACUUUUGGCCUCUGAAUAAAAGCUUGAAACAAUUGCCUACGGAACAAGGAACUUCUAAUAUCAACUCACCAUCUGGAUGUAAGCACUUAACACAGGAAGAAAUUCAAUCCUACUUAUCGUUCCACAAUGAUUCCAAAUCAUCAGCUGAGUCACCCCAACAGAUUUCGAAUAAAAGCAUUUCUUUUCCUCAAAAUGGCAUAAAAAAUUUCACAGCUGCUAAGGAAAGCCACUCCGAAUCUCGUGAAUCCAUAGCAUCUUCCGAAGGUAGUCUGAACGAAUACGAAGUCGAUAGCCCGAGCGACAGAGACAUCUCGAGAGCUGCCUCUCCCAUUGUGCAGAAAGGGCCGCGAAAGAUAACCAUAAAAGCUAACUGUUCAGUUAUAGACGAACCUUACCACGUGCAGUCGCUCGAUCCCUCGCAGGUACUCGUGAACGAAGAAGUACUGCUGAAAUCAUCCAUUGUAACACAACCUAUAGUAUCAGAAUCUACAUCUACUUUCACAACUAUUACCACAACUGAAAGUACUGCCAAUGAUCCAACUUCUCCCGAAAAAUGCAUUACGAAAAAAACCAGUACCACUAGUGAACAAAAAACUGUUCAACAGCAAGUUUCUAAAAGUACAAAAAUUAUUGCCUGUCCUAUUGAAGAGUUACAGUCUGCUAUUGUGAAGACGGAGUCUGUGGUGUAUAAUCCUAACAGCAAGCCAUGUAGUCCUCAAAGCACCACCUAUGUGCCAGUUGUGGAGACAGAAACUUGCAAAGUAUUUUACUCAACAGACGUCCCCCAAUCGCCUGGACUCAACUCUUUCGGUCGCUCCUCCAACCCCUCACCCCUACCUCCUCCUCUGGACACAUCUUUACUGGGAGAAGACAUCCUCAACACCUCAUCUGUAUCUAGCAAAACACGCACAGUAGAAACAAUCACUUACAAAACUGAGAAAGAUGGUGUGAUAGAGACUAGAGUAGAAAAGAAAAUAACAAUUCACAGUGAUGGUGAUCCCAUAGAUCAUGAUCAGGCACUGGCUGAAGCAAUUCACGAAGCCACUCUCAUGAAUCCCAAUUUAACCGUAGAAAAAAUAGAAAUACAACAGCAGCCUCCAAAACAGCCUGUCUAGCAUUUAUAGAAAAGUUUUUAUUAACAAAGAUGGACCAGAAAUCAUUUUUGUGAUGAAGUAUCUAUUUUUAAUAUGUGCUGUGAUUGUGUGAUGUAGAUAGGACGCAUUCCUUGUAAAAUUUUAGUGAUAUUUUAACAUACAUAUUUUAUUAGAAAGAAGAAAAAAAAACAUUCCUCUCUUUAAAUUAACUAAACUAAAUUUGUGAAUAUCUUUUUUUUUUGUUGAAUUUGGUGCUUCAUUAAAAUACUGGAUAUAUAAAGUUCUGCUUACAGAUUCUUAGAAUUAAAACUAAAAAUUUUCAGCUGAAUUUAAAGGAUUUUUCAAAUAGAAAAAUUAGGUUUUGUUUUGCAAAGAGAUAUUUCUUGAUCAAUGUUUCAUUAAAUGUUUCCAUUAUUUAAAGUGAUUCGGUUUAUAAAGCGUGCUGAUUUUUCAAACAGAAAUGUUUAAAAUUUUCUAGAUUAUAUAUUUGUGUUUAGUCUUUCAUUUUUUAAACCUCCAAAAUUCUUUAAAA